AUGUGCCGUGAAACAAUCACCAUCGCUCAGUGUGCUCCUGAGGUGUCACCCGUUCUCGCCUUCUAUUGCGCGAAGCUUCACCUUGUCGCUAAGGACCGCAUCCUCUGUGACGCUGCCAAGGGCAAAUGCAUCUGCUUCUUUGGUUCUUGCGGUUCUAUUGACCGUCAGAUUCCGACCAAGGGAAUCAGCCUCGAAGAGAUUGUCAAGGCGCGAUGUGCUGAAUGUACUACCCGAGAGCACCGAGUCGGCAACGGUAUUCCCGCCCAGGAGAUCCUAGAGUCUGUUCUCCUUCGCUCUGCCGACGACCAGAACGGCUGGGAGGAGCGAUCCAAGCUCGUUUCUUCGCUUUGGCUCAACAAGACUGCAUGCCCCUAUCACGUCGACAACUCCACCGAGCCUGCUGCUCCCAUCGCCGAGGUCAUCCGCAUCAUCGAGCACGUCCAUCUCGACACCGAAGUCGCUCACUCUGGUGCUGGUGUGAGCGCUGAGCCUGUUGAGCCUGUUGGACUUGCCGAACCCACUCCUGAGUCCACUGAGACCAAGUCAAGCUUCGAAGAUGCUGGCACAAAGGCUUUCAGCGAUUACGAGCCUGACAAUGCUGCUAAGGAAGAUGUCUCUUCGUCUCCGGUCGGCCCUGUCUUUACCGAUUCCUUUGUUGCUGAGCCCGCCUCUUCUCUCGUUGAUGAGUGGACUGCUAACGCGGGCACCGCUGACAACGCUGGCACCACUGAUGAGUGGGCUACCAACACUGCUCCCGCUGGUGAGCAAGAUGACAACGCCGACAAUCAAGGUUCCGACUCUGGAGCCAAGAACAUCCUGGACCCCGACGAAGUGGGCAUUUCUACCAGCCGCUGGGCCCCUGGGAAUUCUCCCAUCAACUCCUCCAAUUCAGUCAAGCUAGCUGCCAAGGCCAACGACAAUGAGAGCGGAGGUGAUCAUGAGAAGGCACCUGAACAGGCACAGACUCCUGUGGUCGAUGUUUCUCGACGUGCGGUCAACUUCUCCUACAAUCCCAACAAUGCCGAGAAGCUCCUCGAGACCGCUGAGCUUUUUGCCAACGUGAAGAAGGCCUUCCUCAUGGGUAAGGCUUAA